UGCUUCCUGGACUUGAAUGGUUUGUUUACAACUUCGUAAUCGGUUCCCGCUUGUCUUGUCAAAAGCAGCUAAUCUUUCAAAAACAAUCGUCCCCAAAAGCGUUUUCUAUGAAGCGGGGUGACAAUGAUUAAGACCGAGAAGGUGUUGCAUUUGAAGAGUUCCCGAGGACGGAAGGUCCGUGUGGUCCGGGAACAUUAUUUGAGAGAACAUGUUCCCUGCUACAGCUCUCUCUGUCAGGCACAAUGCGCCAACGCAGAGGGCAAGGUGCUGUCUGGAGAGGUGACUCACUAUGUGAUGCCUGAUGCAGGCGUGGCGAGGGACUUUAUGGAGAUUCUGGAGUUUAGAGAGAUCCAGGGGAUAGUGUUCACUCAGACUGCCUGCCAGGCUGUCCAACACAGCAGAGGACGCAGGCAGUACAACCGGCUACGCAGCUUGCUGAAGGACCCCCGUCAUCACUGUAUCCUGUUUGCCAACGAGUUCCAGGAGUAUUCCUACUGCCCCAGAGAAAAGGGAGAGCCGCAGGACAAAUGGCAGACCAGGUGUGUUUACCAUGCUGCGGUGUGGUACCAUGACCACCUGGCAGGUCUGAAGCCAGUAGUGAUGAUCACUGAAGACCAGACCGCUGUGGCAGAGUAUAGCAGCCUCAACUGUGGUGUCUACGUCCUCUGUACACAGGAGUACCUGCAGACGUUCUGGCCGGAGCUGCAGGCUGCCCUGGAGCUGUACUGCUCCAUCACUCAGUCCCUGCAGGAGAAAGGGAGCGAGGGGACGGAGAGAGAGUACACUGAACACCUGCCUGCCGAGGUCCUGGAGGCUGGCAUUAAGUCUGGCCGAUACAUACAGGGCACUCUGAAUGUGAACAAGCACAGGGCCCAGCAUGAAGCCUUCGUCCGCUUUGAGGGCUCUUCUAACAAGAGCUCAGAGCUGAACAGUGAUGUGCUGGUGUGUGGGGGGAAGAAUCGUAACCGGGCGGUGCAUGGCGAUAUGGUUGCCGUGGAGCUGUUGCCGAAGGGGGAGUGGAGGGGGAGAACCACGGCCCUGACGGAGGGACAGGGGGAGGAGAAGGGAGACGAGACACAGAGCCAACCCAUGGCCACAGGUCGUGUGGUAGGGAUCCUUCAGAGGAACUGGAGGGACUAUGUCGUGACCUUUCCCCCCAAGGAGGAGACCCAAUCACAGAGCAGGAACUCCCAGCGUAUCCUGGCCACGCCCUGGGACCAACGCAUCCCUAAGAUCCGAAUCAGCACCCAACAGGCUGACAAACUACAGGAUCACCGGGUGAUAGUUCGUCUGGACUCGUGGGACAGCACCUCCCUCUACCCUAACGGACACAGUGUCAGGGUUCUGGGCCGGGCUGGGGAGCUGGAGACUGAGGUCCAAACCAUCCUCAUAGAGAACUGCAUCCACGUACCUCCUUUCUCUGAGGCACAGCUCGGUGAGAUGCCAGUGUCCUCCCCCGAGAGCCCCUGGUCAGUAGACCCCGCCGAGGUGAUUACCAGACGGGAUCUGAGACAAACCCACCUGGUGUUCAGCGUCGACCCUCGGGGCUGUGAGGACGUAGACGACACCCUGUCCAUACGCAGCCUCCCCCCCGGCCCGCGGGGCCCGAGGUUAGAGCUGGGCGUUCACAUCGCUGACGUCACACACUUUGUUAAAGAGGGGUCCCUGACAGACCUGGAGGCUCGCGCUAGGGCCACCACGUACUACCUGGCCGACCGCAGGUAUGACAUGCUGCCUGCUGUCCUCAGUGCUGACCUCUGCUCUCUGCUGGGAGGGGUGGACAGGUAUGCCAUGAGCGUUAUGUGGGACCUGGAUGCCCAGACCCUGGCGGUGAACAAGGUCUGGUACGGUCGUACACUAAUCCAAUCCUCCUACCAGCUUUACUAUGAACUGGCCCAGGCUCUGCUCAACGGAGAGGAGGCAGAGGUCCCAGAACUAGCCCAGCUACCACCUGGGGAGAGGGAUGCCAAGCUGGCCCAGCUCACCCAGGCCCUGGAGACCCUCACCCACGUGGCCAGACAGCUGCGUGCCCAGAGGGACAAGGGAGGAGCGUUGGAGCUGGAGGGGGUAGAGGUGAGGGCGCAGCUGGAUGAGGACAGGAACAUCACAGCCCUGGUGCCCAGACAGCCACUGGAGGUCCAUGAGACGGUGGCAGAGUGCAUGAUCUAUGCCAACCACUGGGUGGCCCGUAAGAUCCAGGAGAGUUUCCCCCAGCAGGCCUUGCUGCGCCACCACCCGCCCCCACGCCAGGAGUUCUUCAACCAGCUGCAGGACAGUGCCCGGGCACGCGGCUUCACCAUAGAUACCAGGUCAAACAAGGCCCUGGCUGACUCCCUGGACCGGGCCGUGGACCCCCGGGACCCGCUGGUGAACCGGCUGCUGAGGGUGAUGGCUACCAUGGCCAUGUCUAAUGCCCUCUACUUCUCUACCGGAGCCUGCCCUGUCGACCAGUACUAUCACUAUGGUCUGGCUCUGGACCGAUACACCCACUUCACCUCUCCCAUCCGUCGCUAUGCCGACAUGAUCGUCCACCGCCUGCUCACCGCAGCCAUCGCCAUGGAGAAGGGGGCGGGGCCAGCCAAGGCUUUAGCCAGUAACAAAGAGUUGGAGGAGAUGGCUCAGCAAAUCAACAACAAGAACAGGGCAGCACAGCAUGCCCAGAAGGUGUCCACAGAGCUAUUCCAGUGCCUCUACUUCAGAGACAAAGACCCAGAGACAGACGAGCGCUGUGUGGCCGACGCGGUCAUCUACACCAUCAGAGCCAACGGCAUGCUGGUCUUCAUACCACAGUAUGCCCUGAAGGGGGCAGUGUACCUGAAGAACAGAGAGGGCCAGGUGGUGAGUGAGAGACAGGAUGGAGGAUGUGACUGGCAGACUGGUUCUCUACAGAGAUACCUGGACCACAUCACUACCACUACUGCUGCUGGCACCUCAACCUUCAACCUGUUCCAACACAUCACCGUGCGUAUCUCAGUACAACUAUCACGUUGUCACUCAGACACAAUCCGUCUGGAAGUGGUCAGCAACAGGCCCCACCAGGCCCCCGAGACUCAGGUCCAGAACUCCCAGCCCCAGGGGGCUAGGAGCCGGUCCCAGCUGGUCCAGGAGGUGGUUCGGCAGGCAGAGGAGGCCUCUCAGCAGGCGGAGGAGAAGAGGGGCCGGGCCUCCAAACUGUCCACGGAGGAGAGAGAGUUCAGACAGAGUAAAUGUCCCAACCUCUACUCUCUCCUGGAGGAGGUCAGGGAGCUGGCCUUGCUGGACCUUGCUGCCUGUGGAGCAGGAGGCGGGGGUCUGGGAGCAGCCGCUCAGGCUUGUGCUACAUCAGCAUAGAUGAGGUGGAGGAGCAGGAGGAACAACAGGUCUGGGAACAGCUGCUCAGCCCUGCAGUACAUCAACAUGGAUGAGGUGGUGGUGGAGGAGCAGGAGGAACAACAGGUCUGGGAACAGCUGCUCAGCCCUGCGAUACAUCAACAUGGAUGAGGUGGUGGUGGAGGAGCAGGAGGAACAACAGGUCUGGGAACAGCUGCUCAUCCCUGCGAUACAUCAACAUGGAUGAGGUGGUGGUGGAGGAGCAGGAGGAACAACAGGUCUGGGAACAGCUGCUCAUCCCUGCGAUACAUCAACAUGGAUGAGGUGGUGGUGGAGGAGCAGGAGGAACAACAGGUCUGGGAACAGCUGCUUUGGUCUGCGGUACAUCAGCAUAGAACUACAUAAAACUUCUGAUUCUGGGUCAGGUUAUUGUGGAGGAGGGGGGCGUUUGAAGAGUAAGGACGUACAGGAGGCAAAGCAACAGGUCAACAUCAGCAUCAAACUUUAACACUGACUCAGGAUCAGAUUGUGGUGCUUUUCAUGGACUUAACCAGCAUGCAGACAGACCCUCUGGACUGACCAUCUUACUAUACAUCCUGGGUGUUAUCACCAUGGUUACCAGACUCUACUUAGGUACAUCUACAUCCUGGGUGUUAUCACCAUGGUUACCAGACUCUACUUAGGUACAUCUUUAGUCUUAUUUGGAAAAUGAUCAGUUGAUUGAAGUUGUGAGAUGAGAUGGAUGCAUGUAAUAUUAUAUACAUGAAUAACUCUCAACAGGACAGUUUACCAUAGAAACAUCUGGAACAAGCAGUGGCUCUGGUCUCAACAGGACAGUUACCAUAAAAACAACACCAUGAACAAACAGCAGCUCUGGUCUCAACAGGACAGGACAGUUACCAUGGAAACAACACCAUGAACAAACAGCAGCUCUGGUCUCAACAGGACAGGACAGUUACCAUGGAAACAACACCUGGAACAAACAGCAGCUCUGGUCUUAACUCAACAGGACAGUUACCAUGGAAACAACACCUGGAACAAACAGCAGCUCUGGUCUUAACUCAACAGGACAGUUACCAUGGAAACAACACCUGGAACAAACAGCAGCUCUGGUCUUAACUCAACAGGACAGUUACCAUGGAAACAACACCUGGAACAAACAGCAACUCUGGUCUCAACAGGACAGGACAGUUACCAUAGAAACAACACCAUGAACAAACAGCAGCUCUGGUCUUAACUCAACAGGACAGUUACCAUGGAAACAACACGUGGAACAAGCAGCUACAGUUUUUACAAAACAUUUCUAAUUUUCCGUAUUUGAUUGAACACAUUUGGGGGAGAUGUAGAACAGAUUCCACACAAAUCGAUUCUCAGGCCAUCGUUUUUACACUGAACUGUAUAAUGACCUCUGGCACUGAGAACAAUGCCAUUGUACAGCCUGGUAUUGUAUUUUAACAUAAUUCUAUUUUGGUAAUAUUUUUUGGCAGUUGGUAUCUUGUGGAAAAACAAGUAUUGUCAAGUGCUCUAUUCCACUGUAUGUUUUAAGUGAAUUAAAGUGCAUUACCAAA